CGACCAAGGCUCGACAUGGGGCUCAAUGAACUUUGGCCUCUUUUCCGACUGGUCUCAGAUGGGCUCUUCAUCUCAAAAUGCAAUGACUCAGUCCGCUGUCGCGCCUACCAUCUUCUACUUCCGUCCCAAGAACGUCUGGGUCCUUGCCUACCAAUGGGGCCCGACCCAGUUCUCCUACAAGACGUCGAGUGACCCCUCUAUUGCGAAUGGGUGGUCCGCGGCACAGCCCAUGUUCUCCGGAACCAUUUCCGGCUCUAGCACCGACCCCAUUGACCAGACGCUCAUCGGCGACAGCACCAACAUGUACCUCUUCUUCGCCGGCGACAAUGGCAAGAUCUACCGCUCUAGCAUGCCCAUCGGCAACUUCCCAGGCAACUUCGGCACUGCCUCGACGUUAGUCAUGAGCGACACGACCAACAACCUCUUCGAGGCCGUCCAGGUCUACACCGUCAAGGGCAAGCAGCAGUACCUCAUGAUCGUCGAGGCUAUCGGUGCCAACGGCCGCUACUUCCGUUCGUUCACGGCCACCAGCCUUGGCGGAGCGUGGACGGCACAGGCCGCGACCGAGAGCAACCCCUUUGCAGGCAAGGCCAACAGUGGUGCUACCUGGACCAACGAUAUCAGCCACGGUGACUUGGUUCGCAGCGAUCCCGACCAGACCAUGACUAUCGACCCAUGCAACCUUCAGCUACUUUACCAGGGACGCGCGCCUGGCUCUAGCGGUGACUACGGACUGCUGCCCUACCGUCCCGCAGUUCUCACGUUGCAGCGCUAAAACUCCUCUUCUUCUUGGCUUCAAACCACCCCUCAGUUAGCAUCAAAUUUCUUGCUUAGAUGCACCCGUCUUGGCCAAUCAUGGAAACAGCAAAGCGAGGAAACAGUGAACCGCAUCAGCUCAGAGGCAAUUUCGCGCAACGGGGGACUUUCCUUUCACGAUGUAGAUAUUGAAAAGACAUACAUACAAAACUAGGCUAGGAGGUCUCUUCAGAUGGCCUGCCGUUGAAC